UUCAUUCACACGCAACCCAGGGCGAAGACAGGAGGCUGUUCACCACCCUGUGUACUGCUGUGCUGUGUCCUUAAUCCUUCCUUUCGUCUGAUUUUAGUCACAAUGGAUCGAUGAUCCCGUGAGGGCCGAGCAUCGGUAGCAUCUAUCCAGCACGUUUCGACCCCUUACCGGAUAUACAACAACAGAGGUGAUUGGAAAACAAACAAAGGGUUGGAAAUUCAAAGGAUCCGGCAUGCCCUUCCUCUGCGCCCUGUACGCACAACUAGCAACGGCGAUCUUGUUGUACUGCGCACCGCGACGCACAAGAGGACAUGUGUGCGCACCGGCGAUGCAGUUGAACUUCACUUCCUCUGACAGACCCUAGAGUCAUUUGGAUGUCGCCACAGUGGCCUCCUGUAUAACGCAGUUUGUGCUUAACCUCGCGCGUGGCAGGACGAUUUGGAUCUAAACGCCAACAAGUGGAGACUGGUAAUGAAGGCUGUUCCUUUACCGGGACCCUGAUCUGCGCUGACACUUGGAUUUGACCAGUUCUGUUUAAUGUGACGAGAGACGCUGCGUUCAUAUCUGUCUCAGUAACAUAUGGUCUUUGGGCGCAGACUUGAAGCCAUCGAUCCACCGCUUCGCCACAGCGCGUCCUCGGCGGGACUGGAGCGGACAGAGUCGGGGACGCUGAGGAAUGCGGAGCUGGAAUUUUGUCUUUUCCAGCUCACCUGCGGAACUCUUCGCAGCGCACAACAAACCGACCAACGCAGCCGGUGAGCUCGCAAGGCGCCAUGCUGAGGCAGAUCCUCCUCAACUCCACCGACACCCCAGACUUCGACCUGGUGCUCAUGGCCCAGUCCUCCACGCACGCCCCCUCCUCCCUGAACGCCUCACACGGGGGCUCGGUGAGCGUUGCGGCUCUUCUGAGACCCACCACGGGGCGAGGUGGAGGCGGGCUCCGGGAGGGCGAGCUGCACAAACCGGACCUGAUCACCUAUAUAGUCAUGUGCCUACUGCUCUUCUUGUUGGUGCUGCUCAUUGUGUUCUUCAUCAACUGCCAGCUCCGGAACUCUUUCUUCGCCUCCAUGCCAUAUGACAGGUCACUGAGAGAGGCCCGUUCCUCCUACAAGUAAGGCGAGAGCGCCAGGACAAACCUCUGGGACUCUGAGUCUGUAGUGAAAAUACUUUGGAGGUUUAAGGACUAACUGGUCACCCCUGAACUGCUUCGGCACGUACCACUGGACACACGAAGUAGUUGCCUUUAUGAAUUGUCUUGGACACAGUGGAUGGUCUAAAAAACCUGCACUCCCCAUCAACAUGAUUUGGCGGGGGCUCGAUUGUUGUGAAAUGUUGACCACAUUUUUCACUUCAAGGCCCAGAGCUCUUUCCCCUAAAGAUAGCCCUUCAGACCACGGGGGGCUUUUAAGAAGAUAAGUGGUGUGUAUGUGCCUGCUGCAGGUGGAGAGAUAACAGUUUAACUCCUGAUUAAAAUGAGUGACUUAUAUUUUCUUGUAAUAAUUAAUUAAUUGUGAAACAAUCCAUCGUCCACUGCAACCCCCUUGUGGUCCCCGCAAAGCACUUUGGAAACAAAUUGUUUAUUCCCUUAAAGUGUAUUCCCAAGGUUGUAUUCAUUCAUGUGGUUGCUUAAAAAUUUGACCUGCAGUUUGAUUCCAAAUCCACCGUAUUUCACACUGGCCCUGAUAAGAUGAUACGUUUUUUUUCCCCCUAAAAGUGACUUAUGUCAGCAUAGAAAGGGUCUACAGCAGUUUGUAUAUAAUAUAUUUUGUAUGACUAUAACUUAACUGUCUUUUCUUGUGAAAUGAUGCAAUCAACAUACAAUUUCCUUAUUUUUGUCCAUUGUAAAAUGGUAAUUAAAUGACAGACUAAAGGUAGGAAAUGUACUUUGAA